AUGUCCUCUGUGUGUCACAGGGGGCUCUUUCGAGGCUUCCCAAGAAGGUUGCAGGGUCCUCUCUUGGGGGUUUCUCUAACCCCACGGAGAGGGUUCCUUGGCGGCCCCAAUGGGGCUUUCCUAAGCCUCCCUAAGGGGAUCCCACCCGAAGGGCUGUCCCGAAGCUUGGCCAAACCAGCUAGGCCAAAAAGCAUCCGGGACCUCAAAGAAGCUGACAACGCUGCCCCCAUUUUCCAGUAUGUGGGGGGACAAGCCAAGAGGAAAAGUCGGGUGUUCGUGUGGGGUUUCAGCUAUUCGGGAGCGUUGGGCAUCCCUAGUUUUGUCAUGCCCGACGCAAGGUGGAAGACGCGGAGGAGAAUCCAGCUCACUCCGUAUCGUCUGGAUCUGGAGGAGAAGAUCUUCUCUGCUGCCUGUGGCUAUGGAUUCACGCUGCUUUCCUCCAGGACUGCUGACAUCACCAAAGUCUGGGGGAUGGGACUUAACAAGGACUCUCAGAUUGGAUUUCAUCAGAGCAGGAAGGAUCGGUCACGUGGUUAUGAAUAUGUCCUGGAGCCGAGUCCGAUUCCUUUGCCUCUGGACAAGCCCCAGGAGACCAGAGUUUUGCAGGUGGCAUGUGGUAGAGCACACUCCUUGAUUUUGACCAAUACCGAAGGAGUCUUCAGCAUGGGCAACAACGUCUACGGGCAGUGUGGCCGAAAGGUGGUCGAUGGGGAAAUUUACAGUGAAAGUCAGCUGAUUCACAGACUGCGGGGAUUUGAUGACCGAGUUGUUCAGGUCGCCUGCGGGCAGGACCACAGUCUCUUUCGGACUGAGAAAGGAGACGUCUACUCCUGUGGCUGGGCGGCAGAUGGCCAAACAGGUCUCGGCCAUUACAACAGCGUCAGCACCCCGACAAAACUGCGUGGCGAUAUUGCUGGGGUCCCCAUUGUCCAGGUUGCUACUUACGGAGACAGCUGCCUGGCCUUGUCAGCAGAUGGAGACCUUUUCGGCUGGGGGAACGCAGAAUACCUGCAGCUGGCUUCCGUUACGGACCUGACACAGGUGAAUGUGCCGAGACACCUGCCCUUCAAAGUUGGGAAGGUGAAGGAAGCUGCUUGCGGGGGAACGGUCAACGCUCUCUUAAAUGAGGAAGGCCACGUCUUCGUAUGGGGCUAUGGAAUCCUUGGGAAAGGCCCGAAACUGAUGGAGGCAGCGAUCCCUGAAAUGAUCCCGCCCUCCCUCUUCGGCUUCUCAGACCUCAGCCCAGACAUUUGCGUGGCUCGGAUCCGUUGCGGGCUCAGCCAGUGUGCUGCUAUCACCAAUCGAGGAGAGCUCUUUGUCUGGGGGAAAAACACCCGAGGCAUCCUGGGGAUCGGCAGGUUGGAAGACCAGUACUUCCCAUGGCGGGUGACAGUGCCAGGCGAGGUGGUCGACGUGGCUUGCGGGGUAGACCAUAUGGUUACUCUGGCCAAAUCCUUCAUCUAGCAGUACCUGGACACUGCCGUGAAGUACCCAGCCCAUUGGACCUAGUAGGCCAAAACCUGCUGGUGUUCGCUUCUUUCUGGAUUCCCA